CAUGAUCAAUAAUAAUAAUAAUAAAAUUCCGUGUUGUAGAUAGACGAAGUCGGGGUUGAAGAGGGCACCGUGUGAGGACGGUAGAUAGUAUAUCAUAUAUAAAACAAAGAGCAGUGCAGAGGUAAUAUGCUGAGGAGAGUGGCAGAUGCCACAAAAGGAAGAAGAGAUGAGAAAGUGGGUGGUGGUGUUGGCGAUGGCGGUGGCGAUGGCGAUGGUGAUGGAGUGCGGAGAAGCUCAACAACUGAGAGAACAGUUCUAUGGGACGAGAUGUCCCAACGUAGAAGAAAUAGUGAAGGAGGCCGUCUCUCUCAAAUUCCAGCAGACCUUCGUAACUGCCCCCUCCACUCUCCGCCUCUUCUUCCACGACUGCUUCGUUCAGGGCUGCGAUGCUUCCGUCCUCAUCUCAUCCCCCAACGGAGACGCAGAGAAGGACGCUCCCGACAACCUCUCUCUCGCAGGCGAUGGCUUCGACACCCUCUCCAAGGCCAAACUUGCCGUCGAAACUCACUGCCCCGGUGUCGUCUCUUGCGCCGACAUUCUAGCCCUCGCCGCCCGUGACGUCGUCCUCCUCGUGGGAGGGCCUCGAUUCGAGGUGGAGCUGGGGAGACUAGACGGGAGAGUGUCAAAGGCGUCAGAGGUGGCGGGGAAGCUGCCGGGGCCGGACAUGAACCUGGAAGAGCUGACGGACAUAUUCGGCAAGAACAACCUCUCUCAAGCGGACAUGAUCGCUCUCUCUGGGGCCCACACCAUCGGAUUCUCCCACUGCAGCCGCUUCUCCCGCCGCAUCUACAACUUCACCGCGCUGAUGCCCCUUGACCCCUCCCUGGACGCAGCCUACGCUCAGCAGCUCAAGGCCGCCUGCCCUCCUGAUGUGGACCCCACCAUCGCCAUCGACAUGGACCCCACAACCCCUCGCGUCUUCGACAACGUCUACUACCAGAACCUGGUGGCUCGAAAGGGCCUUUUCUCAUCCGACCAGAUCCUAUUCACCCAUCCAGCUUCUCAGCCCACCGUCUUCACCUUCUCCAACAACCCUGACGCUUUCAACGCCGCUUUCGCAUCCGCCAUGAGGAAGCUCGGCCGCGUUGGCGUUAAGUCUGUCCCCCUCGGUGAGAUUCGCACCGACUGCUCUUCCUUCAACUCCUGAACCCCAACAGUGCAUAUAUAUCAUACACACACAAUGACUUCCAGUUUGCCAUUCAUCAUCCGUUUCUUCUUAGUUUGUGUUCUGUACUUAUAAAUAAGAUUUCCUUUUUUAUUACA